AUGUUUUCUCAAAACUGUUUUUCACCUUUAGCACUUUCGCCACGUGCAAGAAUUCUCAGUAACGAUACAUCGGAGAAAGAAUUAUUAAAAAAAUUUGAUGAACAGGGAACACAACGUAUUCUACAAGUUAAACAAAAAUUAAUACACUUAGAAAAAGACUCAAAAGCUGAACGAAAUAGUCAUCCAUUGAUGAAGAAAAUUACAGAAUGGGAAUUAGAUUCGACAUCGAAAAUACAUCGUAUGGCUGAAGAAGCUCGAGGGAAAGUACAAAAGUUAUUAGAUGAAAAUCUUGUCGAAUAUCAAAAUGAAUUUGAAUUAAUUAAAAAUAAGUUAGAAAUAAGUCAAGGCACACAUGAUUUUAAAGAUAUUGAUUUUAUAAAUUGGCUUUUUCAAUUAGAGGAAUUACAACAAAAAUUAGAAGUUGGAGAAUCAAAUAUUAGAGCGGAAGUUGAAAACGAACAUUGGACGCCAAAGAUUGACGUGGUAAAGACUACUAAAAAUGAUAAAGAAGAAUAA